AUGUUAUUUCAAAUUUUAUUUUUGUUGUACUUUUUAAAUUUUGAGUAUGCCUUUUUAAUAAAAACAAAUAAAAAUAUUUAUAGUUUUCAAAACAUGAGUUCCUUAAAUAUAAAGAAUUUAAACGAUGUAAAAGAAAAGUUGAGGUAUGAAAAAAACGCUUAUUGCUUAUUAUUAAAUAAAUAUAAUGUAAAUAAAAUAUUAAAAAAUAAAUAUGCAAAAUUUUGGUUAUUAAAUAUAUAUAAAUUUCCAUCUGUUUUAAACUUUAAGGAGUACAAAAAUUUUUUUCUUAAAGAAAAUGAGAAUAUUUUAACUUUUAUUUAUAAUUAUUUAGAAGAUUUAGAAAAAAAUAAUGAGAAUUUACAAAUAAAUAAUACUGAUAAGAAAAAGACGAAUUCACAUAAUUUUGAAGAAAACAUAUCGAAUUAUAAUGAAGAUGAUCUUAGAUUAAUACCUUUAAACGAUUAUUUUAAUAAAAUAAUUGAGGUAUUAAUGAAAUAUGAGAAAUGUACUACCUUUGAAAAUAAAAAUAAAAUAUUUACAGAAAAUAUGUUUAUAGAUAAUGAAAAUGAUUCAAAUAAUUUAGAAAAUAGCAUUGAUAAUUUUAGUAAUGAAGAAAUAAUUAACAAAAAAAAUAUAGAAAAUAUACAUAAUAUAAAUAAAGUAGAGUAUAUAAUAGAAUUAUUUAAAUUGAUAAAAAAUGAAAAUAUAAAAUUAAAAAUAGUAACACUAUAUUUUGGUUAUGAUAAUAUGAGUACAUCAGAAGUUUUGAGAAAAAUAUUUCCUUCCAUAGAUGAAAUAAUUCAUAAAUUUGAAAUAAUUGGUCACAUAGCACAUUUAAAUUUUUGUGAUAAAUUAAAAGACUGUAAAAAAUUAAUUGGUGAAAUAAUUUUAGAUAAAAAUAAAAGUAUUAAAACUGUAAUAAAUAAAAAAGAUAUUUUAAAUAAUCUCCAUAGAACAUUUAAUAUAGAACUUUUAGCUGGUGAAGAAAAUUAUAUUACACAAUUAAAAGAAAAUAAUAUUAAAGUAAAGUUAAAUUAUAAAUUAGUAUACUGGAAUUCUAAAUUAAAAAAUGAAAGGGAUAGAAUAUUUAAUUUAGUUGAAAAGAAUUCUAUUGUUAUUGAUGUUUUUGGUGGGGUUGGAAUAUUUAGUCUAUUAUUAAGUAAAAAAAAUUGCUUAUGUUUUUCAAACGAUAUUAAUGAGAACGCAUAUGAUUAUAUGAAUAUAAAUAUAAAUUUAAAUAAAAAAAAAAAUAUACUAACUUAUAAUUUAGAUGGAAGAAAUUUUCUUGAAAAAUUAUUUAAUUUAAACAUUUUGUCAAAAAAUAUGUCUACAUUAACAAUGUUUAUUGAUAAGCAAAACAUGAAAAAUAUAUCUAUUGAUUUUAUUAAUAACAAAUUUGAAAAUAUUGUUGAUGAAAGAAAAAAAAAAAAAUGUCAUUUAGACAAAAAAAACAGCACAAACAUAGAAGUAAAUAAUUUGUCUAAUAUCAAACAAAAUGAAAAUAUUUUAAUUGACAAAAGUUUAAUAGAAGAAAAUAUUAAUAAUAAUCACCAAAAUAGCAUUAUUCAUGAAAAUGAAUUAAAUAGCAAUUAUACAAAUAAAACUAAUGUUAUGAAUAAUCAUAUAAGUAAUGAUAAAAAUUUAGACUUUAAUAGAACUUUAGAUAUAAAUAAUACAUACACUAACAACAAAAGAAUGAAUUUAGGAAAUAAGGAUGAUUCAUUUAAUAUAUUAGAAAAUAAAUCAAAAUACCAUAAAUUCUAUGAUGAAAAUAGAAAUGAUAUUAAAAAUCAAGAAUUAUUUAAAAUAGAUAUAAAUUUAAGUAUUUAUAAUGAUAUUCAUAUAUUAAUGAAUUUACCAAAAACAGCAUUAGAAUUUCUUGAUGUUUUUAGAAAUUUAAAAAAAAAAAAAAAUGAAGAAAUAAGAAAUAUUUUUGUACAUUGUUAUUAUUUUUCAAAACCUGAAUUUUUUUAUGAAUAUGCAGAAAAAAAUAUCUUAUUACAUCUACAAUAUAUGCCAAAAGAAAUGAAAAUCACUGAAAUCAGAAAGGUAUCUCCUAGCAAAUCAAUGUAUGUUGUAGAAUUUAAUUUAAAAGAUUUUUUUAUAGUGUAA